AUGAAAAUGCUAAGAAGUGUUAGUGAACCAUCUUUAGGUACCAUUGGUACUGGUACAAUAGCCACAACGGCGACUCGCGCUAGCCGCGUCAAUUUACCCAAAGAAAAAAUUAAUACGUGGAGAGGACAAUUUCUGUGGAAUGGGCGUGUCGGGGCCAUCACCAGAUCCAUUAUGAUGCUUUCGUGGAGUAUUAAGUGGCAGAUGGGCAGUUCUCGAAAGAAGCUGUACGUUUUAGAGCACGUAGUUGUCAUGUCACUUGUCUUGCACGGUGGUGCUUGCAUUUGGUACUAUCUCCAUCUACCGAGUGUCCACUCGACUAGUUGGCGAGUGUUGACGUUUUCCUCAGAAAUUAAUGUGCAGAAGAUGCAAUUCAACCGGUACAUAAGUUGUUGGUAUUACUGUGCUUGUCGCUUAAUAAAUUGUAUCUUUGGAGAUGCUUUUCCUUUGCACAAUCCAGAAAAAUGGUUGUCGUCAUUCCUAAUGCUCUUCGGAUAUGUAUUUCUCCGAUACCGUUUUAUUGGAAUCCUCGCUUGGGAGUUCGUAUUGGAGAAGUAUCGGUGGUCAAUUUUUGUGGACCAGUAUCAUCACAUGAUUCACUACUUAAAAUUCCGUGGAGCGCCCGAGGUCCUCGUGGAUCAGGCCAAACAGUACAAAGAGCAGCUGUGGAAGAUGAAAGGAGGUGUUCUGACGUCGCAUCACCUGCGAACCCUUCCGUUCCCCUUUCAAAUGGAACUAAUUUUCGACGUCAACGUUGGACAUUUUCACGAUUCGCUGCUGCUGGGAGAGACCGAUGAAGCGUUCAUGCGCCACAUCUCGUUGCUUAUGCGACACGAGCUAUACCUUAGUGGUCAACAUAUCUGGAACCAAGGUGUGGUGAAGGGCGGAAUGAUUUGCGUCAAACGAGGUGUCAUUGAAAUGCUCUCAGAUGAGGAUGAUGAAAGUCCUAUGAUCGCGUUCAAAGAGGGGACGGUACUGCGUCGAACAGACUUCUUACGAGCUAUGAUAGACAAUCCCAGUCUCCUUCAAAAGUUGCGAAGCAACGUCGACGAUAGGUUGAAAAGCUCAAAGAGGAAGCAGGAAGCUAUAAUAAAAUACGACGACAACGAUUCCCGUUUGAUUCGGACUCGAUAUCGACCUAUGAAAGUGCUUAAGGAUCAUUUGUGGGACGUCGGCGAAGAAGACCCGACGUUUAUUGAUGACUCACACAUGUAUUAUAGAGAAAACCUUAAAAUAGUGGAAAUUUUAGAGUUUUCUAUUAAAAAAAAGGAAUUUUCGUUAGAAAAACGUCGUCUUCAUGGGCGCCUUCCCCCCCCCGCCCCAAGUUGGCUAAAGACACACAUGUUCGACGUGGCACAUUUCAUUAUGGUUCUCUACGUGUGCUUUAUGUCGCCCCACUUCGCUAUGGACUCGGUCCAACACGACUGGGAGAAGGUUCUGACAACCAUCGUAAUUGCUGGGUUGUUGCUCAACAUCUAUAUACAACUAACCACAGCGAUUAUCGACAAGAACGUGAGAAAAGAAACUGUUAGAGAGAUAGCGGAGCAAAAAAUGGCCACCGUUGGCUUUUAUCUGGACGUACUAUCAGUUUUCCCCGUCUACAUUUUCACUGAUACUCUGGACCCCAGCGGAGAGACCAUAGGAAGUCAAUUAGCUGUGAUGUUUCCUGUUGUACAAGUGUGGCAUGUUUGGGAUUAUUUGGGUAAAUGGGAGCGGACGUUUAAUAGCAGCGCGAAGAACUCCUGGCUCUCUCAACUCAUAUACUGGGAGACUAAGGUGUUCGUCACGAACUACGCUAAGCACGAAAAGCCCCUAGUGACGUCAUUUUCCUUUGGUACAGCCGUGUUCACUGGCAACGGAAUGUCGGAUGUUGCUCCAGGAAGCGGCGAUGUAUUCCUGGUUGUUGUGCUGCUCGUGUUAGGGGCGUACUUGACUUGUUUCUAUGUCGCUAACGUAUGCAGCGUCUUCUUGCUCGGGACUCAGCGAAAAUUGAAAUUUAAGGAUUCAAUGAGGGAACUUUUCUAUUUUCUCUCCGUUAAUCACGUGAGUGGAAAAAUCAAAGCUCGAGUGAAAAAGUUUUUCUGCGUUCAGUGGUAUUAUAACAGUGCUGUUACUAGCGAAGAAAUAUUUAAAGAUAUGUCUUCUAAUAUUCAACACGAAAUAUUGUCUAUAGAAAUGCUGGACACACUGUUGUGUUGUCCUUUAUUCCAGGAAUGCAGUCGCGACUUCUUGCAAACAGUUGUAGCUAACAUACGAACAAUAGUGUUGCCAGAUAACGAAAUAGUGCAACAUGCUGGAGAUAUUGGGCGUGAUAUGUACAUUGUUCAAAAGGGCUAUUGCAAUGAAUUAAACCACCAAGGGAAAGUGGUGAAGUCUGUUUAUCCCGGUAACUUUUUUGGUACUACGGAAAUGUUGUACGGACUACCAAAGGUGUAUACAGUGCUGACAACGACAAAUUGCAUAUUACUACAUUUGGAGUACACUGCACUGGUGCAAUGUUGGAGCACCUUUCCCGACAUCAGUCAGGCCAUUAUCGCGACUCUUCAGGAUCCCGAGAUCCGCAGACAGGCGUCACGUUACGAGGACGCUAAGCCCCUCGUGGGUAGAAUAGAUGCCAAGACGAAUAGAAUUGCGGUGUUCAGAAUAACUAGUACAUUCGCCUAUUGGGAAAGUAAUAUAAUGCGAGUGAACCAGGCCGUCGUUUUGUUGAAGUUUCUACCUCUGGUGGUCACCACAGUAAACUUUGCGACCUCGUACAUCUUCAUGAGCUCUUGCAAAACAUUAGUGGAACCAAAAAGUUAUUUCAUUCAAGUGAAUUGUUCUAAAUCACUAGUGCUUUCCCAGGUUUCACAUCUUGAACAAAAGUGAUGCGGGUGUACGCCUGUUGUUUUAUCAAACACAGUGGAUGUAUGGUUGACUAUGGUGCUACAAAUAUCUGGGCUAUUAUACUACGCUUUCAUGUUUGGGUAUAUCGCAUCAACGAGAUCCGCCGCGGUUCACGCUCUAUUGGAUCAUAACGAAAAUACGAGGGAUCUGGAAAACUUUCUGUAUCAGGAGAAUGUGGAUCCUAUACUCACUGUCAAAACGUUGAAAUAUUUUGAAUAUGUCUGGAAGAGGACGCACGGCAGUAAUCCACAGGAAAUCUGUCGUGGUCUGAAUUCAGCAUUAAUGGAAGACACGCUCGUGUUCAUGUACGAACGGGCUCUGAGGGAAGUCCCUCUCUUUGGGAAAGUCGAACGCUCCUUCAUCAGGGUCAUAACGCAGCACUUGCAUGAAAUGUAUUUCUUAAAGGGCGACACGGUCGUUCAGUGUAAGGAUGUGCAGACGGACAUUUAUAUCAUUUAUAGAGGAAAGGUUGACGUUUUGAGCUCUUAUAAUGAAAUGAUUACAUGUAUGGGGACAGGAGGGAUGUUCGGGAAUUUUACUGGUCAACCGAUGUCCAGUUCUGAAGUGUCAAUCUACGCCAGCCGCAGCUUAGAUCUUCUCGUGAUUCCAUCUCAAACGUUUUUCAACUUAGUAAAAUACUAUCCGAAGCUUCAAGCACCUCUGAAGAAGGCGUUUCAAGUGUCCAAAGAUUACAUACUUCCGAUAUCGAUGGAAAAUGAAAAUGACGAAUCGUCAGAUGAUUCAGACUUAGAAAAUCUCUCUCAAGAAUCCGGAUUCGAUUCUCGGAGCGGUUCCAGACCAACAACAUUGCGUAGUUCUCAAUCAACUGGUAACGUAAGCCAAGCUAAGUCUGCUGCCAGUGUUUUGACUUACCAGAGCUACAUGGACGUCAAUAACCUUUUAAAACCUGGAUCAAGAGACACACCACAAAGACGUUGGGACUACACAACGUCCUUCUACAUAGUGGUGUCAGAGUUAACUUCAACUGGAGGUGAUGAAUUCGUCGUGAACGAAGGACUUUCGAUGACUAUUCUAGCAAUCUGUCUAGUAUGCGGCAAAAUGCUGGCAGCCAUUGUUGUAGCUACGUCCAUACAAAUCGCCUUUUCCUCGAAAUACGCACUAAAUAACUACGAGCAGGCGACAACAGAACUCAUUGAUUAUUUGAAGAACCAAGGUCUAUCAAAAUACCAAAUUAAAAAGUUCUGGACUUACGUACGGCAGCUUUGGGUGAACGAGAGAGGUAGACAGCUACCUGUGCUCAUAGCAAAAACCCCUUAUGUUCUACGAUGCGACCUUAUGUCGGCGAUGUUCGGUCAACAUUUGCGGAAUUGUUACAUUUUCGCUGACACGGGGGAACCAUUUCUUCGUCAGCUCACUGUCGUCUUGGAUUAUAAAGUCUAUUUUCCUGGUAACUAUAUCGUGGUAGCUGGCGAUAGUGAAGCUCGCAUGCACUGGGUUGCUAGUGGCACAGUUGUUGUACUCUCAGUAAGGACAGACUUAACAGAGACCACACACGAAAUCUUAACUACAGGAGACGUUUUUGGUAUAAUGCAAGGAUUGAAUAGAGGAAUUUCUCAUUCGUUCUCAUAUCGGGCUGAAACUAAGGUUGGAAUAUUGACACUGGGCUUGGAUUCUUGGAUCAACAUCUUGCCUUUUUUUCCGGAGUCUCAAAGAAUCAUAUCAGAACGAUCCGAAGUUUUGUUUACGCAAAUAUAA